CCCCGUCCUCUUCCUCCUCCUCCUCCUCCUCCUCCUCCUCCUCCCCCUCACUCCGUCAUGGAUAACUCCGGCAAAGAGAAGGAGGCCAUGCAGCUGAUGGCUGAAGCCGACAAGAAGGUCAAAGCGUCCGGAUCCUUCCUCGGAGGGAUGUUCGGCGGGAACCACAAGGUGGAGGACGCCUGCGAGAUGUACGCCCGAGCAGCCAACAUGUUCAAGAUGGCGAAGAACUGGAGCGCUGCCGGUAAUGCUUUCUGCCAGGCCGCUCGGCUCCACAUGCAGCUUCAGAACAAACUGGACUCGGCCACCAGCUUCGUCGACGCCGGCAACGCCUACAAGAAGGCCGACCCCCAAGAGGCCAUCAACUGUUUAAACCAGGCCAUCGACAUCUACACCGACAUGGGCCGCUUCACCAUUGCAGCCAAGCAUCACAUCACCAUCGCAGAGAUCUACGAGUCGGAGCUGGUCGACAUCGAGAAGGCCAUCGCUCACUAUGAGCAGGCAGCAGACUACUACAAGGGGGAGGAGUCGAACAGUUCAGCCAACAAAUGCCUGCUGAAGGUCGGUCACUACAGCGCCCAGCUGGAGCAGUACCAGAAGGCCAUCGAGAUCUACGAGCAGGUUGCAAUGAGCACCAUGGACAAUCCUCUGCUGAAGUACAACGCUAAAGAAUAUUUCUUCAAGGCUUCACUGUGUCACUUCAUAGUGGAUGAGCUGAAUGCCAAGCUGGCCAUUGAGAAGUACGAGGAGAUGUUUCCAGCUUUCUCAGACUCCAGAGAGCUCAAACUGCUGAAGAAACUGCUGGAGGCCCACGAGGAGCAGAACAGCGAGGCGUUCACGGAGGCCGUGAAGGAGUUCGACUCCGUGUCGCGCCUGGACCAGUGGCUGACCACCAUGCUGCUGCGCAUCAAGAAGACCAUCCAGGGGGACGCCGGGGACCUCAAAUAG